UUGACAAACAUCAACUUGAUGUUAUUAACUUUAUCAAAUAACAACAUUGUAAGUUUACCAGGUGGUCUGUUAGCGAAUACAAAAGUUGACGAGUUUGAAAUUUACAAUAACCCAUUGCAAUGCUGCCUCAUGAAAGAUUUCUUAGAAUGGGCUGCAAAUGAACCAGGUCUGCUUUAUGACGGAUUAUGUACUGAUUUUAAUACAACAAGUGAACUCAAAGAUUUUGAAACUGCAAGUUGCAUUAUUUCAGUUGAUGGAGGAUGGAGCCCUUGGUUCAACUCGUCUUGUUCGGUGUCAUGUGGAGAGGGCGUCAGAAUCCGAAACAGGACAUGUGACAAUCCCCCACCAUCUGGAAGUGGACAACAUUGUGUUGGUUCCGAAACUGAAAAAUCAAUCUGCAACUUAGGAAAAUGUCCAAUUGAUGGAGGAUGGAGCCCUUGGUUCAACUCGUCUUGUUCGGUGUCAUGUGGAGAGGGCGUCAGAAUCCGAAACAGGACAUGUGACAAUCCCCCACCAUCUGGAAGUGGACAACAUUGUGUUGGUUCCGAAACUGAAAAAUCAAUCUGCAACUUAGGAAAAUGUCCAAUUGAUGGAGGAUGGAGCCCUUGGUUCAACUCGUCUUGUUCGGUGUCAUGUGGAGAGGGCGUCAGAAUCCGAAACAGGACAUGUGACAAUCCCCCACCAUCUGGAAGUGGACAACAUUGUGUUGGUUCCGAAACUGAAAAAUCAAUCUGCAACUUAGGAAAAUGUCCAAUUGAUGGAGGAUGGAGCCCUUGGUUCAACUCGUCUUGUUCGGUGUCAUGUGGAGAGGGCGUCAGAAUCCGAAACAGGACAUGUGACAAUCCCCCACCAUCUGGAAGUGGACAACAUUGUGUUGGUUCCGAAACUGAAAAAUCAAUCUGCAACUUAGGAAAAUGUCCAAAAUCAUGCAGGCAUUCAAACAAAAGAAUCCGACAACAAACCAGAAGACGAUUUGGACAAUAGAGCAGGAAAAAAACAGCGAAAAAAGAAAGACAAGAACCCAAAAAGAAAGAACAACAUUAAUUUGUUUAAUUGAAAUCAACCACAUAUUGAAAUAGUGUUGAUUAAAAAAAACUGAGGGGAAAUACAAACUUGGUUUUAAUUUCAUCAUCACCCUGUAU